CUUAACGGUAGUCAGUCAGUCACACUCUGGUUGUACCGCGGCGGUUUGUUGAGGUCCGGCCGGGCGUAGUGACUACCGGGAUGCCGCGGGGAACCACGAACACAGGAAAAGCAGGCUCCCGAUCUCCACGCCCACGCUAGCAACCACGGCGCUGCGUGGGAGGGGAUUUGAGGCCGUACUUUAUCCCCUUUUCUUUUAAAAACUACUGACGUUCUUGGAGAAGCUGCCAGUGGCGGCCCGACUGUGCAGCGGCGCCCGCUUGACAGGUGCCGUCGGCCGGCUCUGCGUGAGGAGAUGCCGCCCGUCCAGAGAACCAUGUCGGAUCUUCGAACACGGGCGGACGGAUACGAGAAGACAGAGGAUGCUUCCGAAAAGACAUCCUUAGCGGACCAAGAAGAUGCCCGAUUGAUUUACCUUAACCAGCCACAGUUUACAAAGUUUUGCAACAACCGGGUCAGUACGGCCAAAUACAAUUUCCUCACCUUCCUCCCGAGGUUCCUCUACUCGCAGUUCAGGAGGGCGGCCAACGCUUUUUUUCUCUUCAUUGCACUCUUACAGCAAAUCCCAGAUGUUUCUCCGACCGGUCGCUGGACAACGUUGGUGCCACUGCUUUUUAUUCUGGUUGUGGCUGCUGUCAAGGAGGUCAUUGAGGAUCUGAAACGCCACAAUGCUGACAGCGUUGUCAACAAAAAGGAAUGUCAAGUGUUAAGAAACGGCGCCUGGGAGAUUGUGCAUUGGGAGAAGGUGACUGUUGGGGAAGUCGUCCGAGCUGCCAACGGCGAUCACCUCCCGGCUGACCUCGUCAUACUGUCGUCCAGUGAACCGCAGGGAAUGUGCUACAUUGAAACAUCUAAUCUAGAUGGCGAAACAAACCUAAAAAUCAGACAGGGUCUCCAAAUGACAUCCGACAUGAAGGACAUAGACAGCCUGAUGCGUCUCUCAGGAAGGAUGGAGUGCGAGUGCCCAAACCGUCAUCUGUAUGAGUUUGUUGGGAACAUCCGACUAGAUGGCCACAGCACGUUGCCGCUUGGUCCAGACCAGAUCUUAUUGAGAGGAGCCCAGCUGAGGAACACACAAUGGGUCCAUGGUGUGGUGGUCUACACGGGUCAUGACACAAAACUUAUGCAGAACUCCACUCGGCCGCCGCUGAAGUUGUCCAACGUGGAGCGCAUCACCAACUUUCAGAUUCUGGUCUUGUUUGGCUGCCUGCUAGCCAUCUCAUUAGUCUGCUCCGUGGGCCAAACCAUCUGGAAGUACCGGUGUGGCAAUGACGCCUGGUACAUGGACCUCAACUAUGGCGGGGCGGCGAACUUCGGCCUCAACUUCCUCACCUUCAUCAUCCUGUUCAACAAUCUGAUCCCCAUCAGUCUGCUGGUCACACUGGAGGUCAUCAAGUUCAUCCAGGCCUUCUUCAUCAAUUGGGACACCGAUAUGGUCUACGAGCCGACCAACACACCUGCCAUGGCCCGCACGUCCAACCUGAAUGAAGAGUUGGGCCAGGUGAAAUACAUUUUCUCUGACAAGACGGGCACGCUGACCUGCAAUGUCAUGCAGUUUAAGAAGUGCACCAUUGCUGGCGUGGCCUACGGUCACGUGCCUGAGACUGAGGAUGGUAGUUUUGCGGAGGACGACGGGCACAGCACGCAUUCGUCAGAAGACUCAGGAUUUAUUGACCAGAGCUUGUUGGAAAACCUCCAAAGUAAUCAUCCUACAGCUGCUGUCAUCCUGGAGUUCAUGACCAUGAUGGCCAUCUGUCACACCGCAGUCCCCGAGCGUAACGACGGACAAAUCACCUACCAGGCGGCAUCCCCAGAUGAAAGCGCUUUGGUGAGAGCUGCACGCAAUCUGGGUUUUGUGUUCUCUGGUAGAACACCAGACAGCGUCAUUGUGGAAAUGAUGGGAAGCGAGGAGAAGUAUGAGCUGCUUCAUGUGCUUGAGUUCACAAGUGUAAGGAAGAGAAUGUCAGUCAUCAUGCGCACGCCAUCCGGAAAGAUCCGCCUCUACUGCAAAGGAGCUGACACGGUGAUCUAUGACAGACUGGCAGACAGCUCUCGCUACAAAGAGAUCACGUUGAAACAUCUGGAGCAGUUUGCCACUGAGGGGCUGCGCACACUGUGCUUUGCCGUGGCAGACAUCAGCGAGUCGACUUAUCAACAGUGGCUGGAGGUGCACCACCGAGCCUGCACCUCCCUGCAGAACCGAUCCCUCAAGAUGGAGGAGAGUUACGAACUCAUCGAGAAGAACUUACAGUUGUUGGGGGCCACUGCCAUUGAGGACAAGCUGCAGGAUAAAGUGCCCGAGACGAUAGAGACACUGAUGAAGGCUGACAUCAAGAUCUGGAUUCUUACAGGGGAUAAACAGGAAACAGCCAUCAACAUUGGACAUUCCUGCAAACUUUUGACAAAGAACAUGGGCAUGCUGGUGAUAAAUGAGGAUACGCUUGAUAGAACAAGGGAGACCCUCAGCCACCACUGCGGAAUUCUGGGAGAUGCCCUCUACAAGGAAAAUGACUUUGCUCUUAUCAUUGAUGGGAAGACGCUCAAAUAUGCGCUCACCUUCGGAGUGCGACAGUACUUCCUGGACCUCGCCUUGUCCUGCAAGGCCGUCAUCUGUUGCAGAGUGUCUCCUCUGCAGAAGUCAGAGGUGGUGGAGAUGGUGAAAAAGCAGGUAAAGGUGAUCACGCUGGCCAUCGGCGACGGCGCCAACGACGUCGGGAUGAUUCAGACGGCACACGUAGGCGUGGGAAUUUCGGGCAAUGAGGGCCUGCAGGCCGCCAAUUCUUCUGACUACUCCAUUGCUCAGUUCAAAUACUUGAAAAAUCUUCUGCUGGUCCAUGGAGCUUGGAAUUACAAUCGUGUAGCCAAAUGUAUCCUCUACUGCUUCUACAAAAACAUUGUCCUUUACAUCAUAGAGAUCUGGUUUGCAUUUGUCAAUGGCUUCUCGGGUCAGAUUCUGUUUGAACGCUGGUGUAUCGGCUUGUACAACGUGAUCUUCACUGCCCUGCCUCCGCUCACUCUGGGAAUAUUUGAGCGCUCCUGUCGGAAAGAAAACAUGCUGAAGUACCCAGAGCUGUACAAAACCUCCCAGAAUGCAAUGGGAUUCAACACCAAGGUUUUCUGGGCUCAUUGUCUGAACGGCCUCUUCCAUUCCGUCAUUCUCUUCUGGUUCCCUCUCAAAGCCUUCCAGCACGACACUGUGUUUGGCAAUGGAAGAACUCCUGACUAUCUCCUUUUAGGAAACAUGGUUUACACAUUUGUGGUCAUCACAGUUUGCCUUAAAGCGGGCCUGGAAACCUCAUCUUGGACCAUGUUCAGUCACAUUGCCAUCUGGGGCAGCAUUUGCCUGUGGGUGGUGUUCUUCGUCAUCUACUCGUCCCUGUGGCCCCUCAUCCCUCUGGCCCCAGACAUGUCGGGCGAGGCGGAGAUGAUGUUCUCUUCAGGGGUCUUCUGGACAGGCCUGGUCUUCAUCCCCAUCACCUCGCUGGUCUUCGACGUGGCCUACAAAGUGGUGAAAAAAGUGUUUUUCAAGACGCUGGUGGAUGAGGUACAGGAGCUGGAGGCUUUAUCCAAAGAUCCCGGAGCUGUCGUGCACGGGAAAAGUUUGACGGAAAGGGCCCAGCUCCUGAAAAACGUCUUCAAGAAGAGCACUGUGAGUCUGUACCGCUCCGAGUCCAUGCAGCAGAACCUGCUACAUGGCUACGCCUUUUCCCAAGACGAGAACGGUGUGGUGUCACAGUCGGAAGUGAUCCGAGCGUACGACACCACCAAGGAGAGGAGCAGAGAGUGGUGAGCAGCGGCCAUUCUGAAGCCGCAAGAGCUUUUCCCACUUUCUUCUUUAUUAGAAUUUUCGGGACUCUUAACAUGACUGAAGACAGACGAGAAUGGAAUCGUGUAUUCUUCUGUGAAAGGGAACAAAUGAACUGUGUUCUAUUAUCGAGCACGGUGCUUUUUUUUUUUGUUUUCGCAAAACUGAGCAAAGUGUCUCCUCUCUUUUCAUUUAACAGGAAAAAAGAAUGGUUAUUAGCGCUAAACCAAAAUGAUUAACAUCAUUGCGGCCAAUUAUAACAGUUUAUUGUGAAGUUCAACAAUCCUUAGAGCCAAGAUUUGAAAUGGCGUCAGAUUGCCAAAGAGCAGUCGUGAAUGCAAUCUUCCAAGAACUCGUGAAUUCGGAAAACAGGUCGUGAGCACCAUUCUCCUUUUAAAUUCUUUUACUUAUUUUUCAAUGCACUAAAGUUAACGUGUUGUGUGUAAAAGCCUUACAUUUGCAUCAUGCCUUCACAAAACAAAUCCUUUUUAGUUCUUCACGUAAUGUAGACACUGUGCCUGCCUGCUUUUGGUUUGUGGCCUAGUUGGGUUUCCACCUUUUUUUACCCCCCCCUGCCCCCCUGAUGGACUACAGCAUUCCACACGUCACAAUCACAAAGGUGCCUACGUUUCCAUCCCGGACGAACGAGCCCAUGUCACAGAAAGCUGGCGAGGCACACUUAUAGAGAAUUAAAUAAAUAGAUAAAUACAUAAAUAAAUAUAGAUCUUUCUGACCAUGGUGAUAGUGUUUCCCUGACAACGGAGAUUUGAACCCUUCCAACUUAAGUGCCAUUAGCUUCAAAGAGAGAGAAAUAUUAUCCAGGAAACUCCACGCCAGUAUCAAAACAACCUUGUCUCUAUAGAUAUUCUUUUGUGGAUUUGUAUUUUUAUAUUUGGAGAUGUACACAUUUUGCAUUGACUGGCUUUGUAAAACCGAUUGAUCGUCUGCAACUUUGGUCCACCGCCGGGGACGGAGCAAAUGAAGACACUGAGCUUUCUUAAAUGUCUUGUUCUGGAACCUUAAUAUUGUGAUUGCUUGAUUUAUUUAUAAUUGGAUUUAAUACUUCAUGUCUGUGCGAUGGCUUUCUUCUCCCUAUGGGAGAUACGACUUCUGACUGUGGGUGUGGAUGUGUUGGGUGGAUCCCUGCAUGUGCAUGUGGCGUAUGAUUUGUGUGAGUGUAUGCGUUACCUACCGUGGUCAUUUUUUGUGUGCAUUGCAUGUCUGUUUUCUACGUCGGAAUAUUAAAGCCUCACUGAAAAGAAAAGGAGUUAUAAUAUUAGCGGGGAAACACAGAUGUUCUAUUCAUACGUACUGCACUAGAAAAGUCAUAACAGUAAAAAUUCUUAUGAGAAACACCUCAAGGACAUAAAUUAAAAAAAUGAAAAGAAAAAGAGUAAGUCGACCUACGUCAGUGAGUGAGAAUGACCGCAUUGUACAUAAUUUUAUGCUGCACAAACGGGUUCGUAAAAAGAAGUUGUAACAUGACAAAAUAAGAUUUGCAAGGUCCAAAUUCACCAGGAUGUUUACAUGAAUAGAAUAAAGUUGUAAUGCCGCAGGAAAACAUUUUUCAUGCUAUAAGAAAUUAAUCAGAGGAGUGCAGCAAAGAGUAAUAUAGUGAGUCGUAACAUUAUGCGAAGAUACGUCAAAAAUGUCACAGGAAUAAAAUUCCCCCAAAGGAAUUCCAACAUUUUGAUGAUUCUGUCUUGUAAAAAUGACCUUUUCCUUAUUUUAAUAAUACAAGCAAAGUUCAGAUUUUUUUGUUGUAAAAUUACCAUAUUCUCAUUGAAAAAAAAUCUCCUAAUUAUAUGACUUUAUUCUCAUAAAAUUGGGAUAUAACAUUUUUCUUUUUUAUCUCAAUCACGAUUGCAGGAUUUUAUUACCGGGAUAUUUAAUUUUUCUUUUCAGCGUGACCCUAAUACUUCUUCGUAGUCCUGUUUGUAAGAUUACAUGGUUUGUUUUUUUCUCCUGGUGUGUUUCUUAAGUACGAAUGUUUGUUUGUCUCUAUAUACGUAAAUGUGCGUGUUGCUGCUAGCCCAUACGUCGUCCACUUGCACGAGCUCAGCUUCAGCUCCAAUGUCCUCUUGUGUGUUGAUGCAUGGCCAGUGCGUGUGGGACCUCGUGCGUGUAUUGUCGCGUGCGAGUUUCCGACUGGCUUCAACAGGAGAUUUUGUAUCAUGCACUCUCAAUGUAACUUUAUUUUUUUCCCGUCGUGGUUACUGUCCAUUUUUGGGUUUAAUGAUGUUUGCGACUCGCUUCAACGGAAAGCUUGAAAUGCUCAGUUGUGAAAUGUACUCUGAAUGUGGACGUUGUCUGCAUUUCUUUUUUCCCUGUGCUUUUCUUUUAAAUUAGUUUUUUUUUUCUCUAAGUUGUGCGCUGCAUGAGUGGAUAACACAAACCUGUACCACUUCAUUUUACAAAACGGAAAAAAAAAAACUUGAGUUAAAAUUACUUUCUUGUCAUUUUGGAUUUCAUGAUUGUUGUGCAUGUCGGGACUGCAAAUGUAUAAGUGUUGUCUUUUACGGUCCGCGGAGGACGACUGAAAUAAACUUUACAUUCAUGGAGGAACAA